GGAGGACARGGRUUACUAGUAUAUGCUCGACAUUCCAUUUAUGAUCGCUUACUGCUUCUUCUAUUCAAACUCUUCGUAUUUAUAAUUUAUCUUCUAUGGCAUCAAUAUCAAAGUCACUCUUUGAAAGUGUUGUGUUGUCAGUACUUGACAAACGUUUCCCUGAGAUCGAAACGUUAUCUGACGAACAGAGUGCGGCUUUGUUUGCACUUGUKAAUCGCGAGGACGUCUUCGCSAUCUUGCCAACCGGCCAUGGGAAGUCCCUUAUCUUCCAGUGUCUGCCAGAUAUUUGCGAGGAGUUAUCUUUACGAGGCAGAGAUUAUCCAAGAAAAGCCGUCAUAUUAGUAGUAUGCCCGCUGAACUCUCUUGUGAACACGCAUAUACGUGAAUUACACUCUCGUGAAAUAACAGCGACCAGCCUCGUUGGUGAUGUUGACGAAGAAAAGGUUCUUCGCGGAGAGUUCUCGUUCGUUUUUGCGAACCCAGAAUCGCUGAUACUUAACGAGAAGUGGAGAAAGAUGCUGCAGAGUGACGUGUAUCUCAACAAUCUAUUCGCUAUUGUGACAGAUGAAGCGCACGUUAUUCCAAAAUGGGGAUAUAGAACGCAAAAGUAUGGCACAAGCAGCAAGAAAGAGUUUGUUUCUGCUUUUAGAGAAUGUUUUUCAAGGCUUGGAGAAUUAAGGUCUCUUUUAAGUACAAAGCCUUUGGUUCCUGUUUUGGCACUAACAGCUACAGCCAACAUACAAACAAGGAAUGUCAUAAAUGAGUCCCUUUGCCUCAGGCAAAAUUAUGUUCCUGUCUUUGUAAGUCCCAACCGAGAAAACAUUUUAUCAACAGGAUGA